AUGGCAUGGCGCCAAAACAGGCCACGCCCACCGGGCCCACCACGCCGUCAAGGUUUCAACUUCCCUGCCAUCAAGGAGGAAGAGGAGGAGCUGCUGAGGGACCUGCCGGCACAAGGCGGCUGGAUCUGGUCAAAGCCGGAUCUCAUCGAUGAUGAUGAGAAGGUCGCCAAGCGAGUUGCGUGGCUUAACAAGUACGGAUGCCUUGCCAAGCAAAUCGAGUGGGCAGAGGUGGCCGACCUGCUUGACAGCCUCAAGGUGGCCCAUGCCAUGGUCCUUCUCAGGGAUCUGGAGAUGCAGGGCAACAAGGUGAGGGACCCCACCGAUUUCAUCAAGAGAGCGGUGGAACAGGCCGGUGGAGAUGAGAUCGACUUCCCUGUGGAUUCCGGACAGUCUGCCGUGGCGGACAGAAUCGAAGAGCUGAACAGUGCAGGGACGCUGUCAGCCGAAAUCGAUUCGUCUGUGCUCGAUGGACUGGAGGGACUGCCAGAGGACGAUGCUCUGGGACUGCUCCAAGAGGUUGCAGACAAAGGCCAGUCAGUCAAGAAUCCAACGUCGUACAUUCGCUUCAAGCUGAAGGCACGCUUGGCAGUGCUCGGGGUGUCCCCAGAUGCACCAAUCGACGAGCACAGCAAAAUCUUGAAGCGAGUGGAGUGGCUGAACGACUAUGGGGGGCUUCUCGAGGACAUACAGCACAACAAGGUGGCUGGUCCCCUCGAGAGCGUCGGACUGGAUGCCGCCAUGACCAUUCUGAAGGAGCUGGAGGACCAGAGCCAAGGCAUCGCCCAGCCCACGGACUUCAUCCUCCGGUCAGUUCGGCAGACGAAGUCCCGUGCCUCCAGCGCUGCAGCACCACGUGCCCCUCGCACCGUGUCCCGAGCAGCACCUUCAACCGAGGUGAGUGUGCAGGAGGCUGCUGAACCUGUCACACCACUGCAGGCCCUCAACGACUUCAUGGCCUUCUUGAACACAGGUCCUGGAAAGCGCCAGAAGGUCAAGCUUGCUGAGGUGGCUGGUGCCCUGGAAGCCCUGGGAACGAAGCGAGCUAUGAGAAUACUCAAGGAGAUGCAGGAGAAGGGGCUUGGUCUCGAUGACCCUGUGAGCUACAUCAAGGCGGCCGCACAGCGACACGGGUUUACAGCAGUCAAAGCGGAAACUUUGGAGCCCGAGACUGCGGAGGGUGUUGAUGACGUCUCCAGACUCACUUCCCGCUGCAAGUGGCUGAACCAGUUUGCUGGCCUAGCGCAGAAGAUCGUCAUCGAUGAAGUUAUUGGUGCUCUCUACUGCCUCGGCGUGCCUCAGUCGAUGUCUAUCCUCAGAGGACUUCAGGAGCGAGGCGCCAGCGUCCCGGAUCCCACGCGGUACAUCAAGCAGGCCGUGCAGCAUGCCAACACUGCCCUGGCCGGCGAGGAUUCCGCCAAUGAAGCGAAGGAGGAGGACGACGAAGGGGACGAGCUCGACGAUCCCUGGGCCGAAGCAGAGGACGAGGCUUUCGAGUGGCCGGAUGAGUCAGACCAGGCGAACUGGUGGGACGAUGAGGACCUCGGGGAGGAGUUUGCGGUAGCAGUUGGUGAGGACGACGAGAACGACGAGGGCUGGCUCGACUGGGCGGCCGCAGCAGAACCGGCGCCAAAGAAGCCGCGCCGGGCUGCCGCGGAUGCCGCGGCAGCCGCGGCAGCCGCUGCAGCCGCUGGACGACGGGCAGCAGCUCGCCUUGUGGAGAAGAGGGAUGGCCCACGCAGGGUUGUUGGUGCCUUGACGGGCUACAAGCAACUAGUGCCAUCCCGUGCGACAGCGAAGCGCAGCUACGAAGGUGUGAUCAAGCAGGAAAUCCAGGAGAAGCAUGAGCAGGACGACGAAGACGUGGCACAGCCCGCCGACAUUGCGGCAAGCCCCAGCAAAGCCUCCUUGCUGCCGCUCACGCCCCAGGAGAAGAUGGCGCAGGUCCGGUGUUACGCAUCGAAACACUCCCUGUGCUUGGACGAUCACUGCAUCAAGUCACUUUCACGGCUGCCGUUUUACCGAGCCAAAGACCUUAUCGAGGAGGUGCUUCUGGGAGGGCGGCAGCGCCGCGGCGUGUCGAAUCCUUCCGGGUACCUCACGCGGAAAGUCCAGCAGAUGUCGGUGGGCCUUGGUGUGGAGCAGGGCAUCGCAAUGGAGCUUGCAGUAUCUCUUGGUGUUGUGCUCAACAAUGACGCCUUGGAUGAACUGGCCUCCAUCCCGCGCCAGGAGUCACAUGCCAUCAUCCGUGAGCUGGCUCAGAACGAGACACACCGUGCCGAUCCCAUGGCCUACAUUCAAGCAGAGGUGCUUAAGUGUCGCGAACAAUUGGACGCCGGGCCUGCGGAUGAAGAUGGAUGA